CCUUCAUUUAUACAUACAUCAACCACUUCACAUUUCAUUCUUCAUACGCGCCCCUCCAUAGUUCCAAGCUUCUUCCAUCAUGGUGCAGAGGCUCACGUAUCGCAGACGCCACGGCUAUGCCACCAAGUCCAACCAGCACCGUGUUGUGAAGACCCCUGGUGGCAAGUUGGUGUACCAGACCACUAAGAAGAGAGCAAGCGGACCCAAGUGCCCUGUUACUGGCAAGAGGAUCCAAGGGAUUCCACAUUUGAGACCUACUGAAUACAAGAGGUCUAGGUUGUCUAGGAACCGCAGGACUGUGAACCGAGCAUAUGGUGGUGUAUUAUCAGGAGGAGCUGUUAGAGAAAGGAUUAUCCGUGCUUUCCUUGUUGAAGAGCAGAAAAUUGUGAAGAAGGUUUUGAAGAUUCAGAAGGCAAAAGAAAAGCUAACAUCUAAGAGUUAAGCUGAGUUUAUCAUGGAUAAGAAAAUACUUUGAUUAACAUCUGUGCUAAUGAAGUUUUGACUUCCAAUUGUGUUCAUUAUGAAUGUGGUACUUAAUUUGAGAUUUGAUUUAUGCAUUUUGUGCUUUUUUGCACUUUAGAUUUUAUUAUACAAUAUCGGUUUCUGUUGUUCUA